CUGGAUGACGUGAUCGAGCUAUAAUGGACAAAAUCCCAGACCAGGUCGGUUACUUGGUGUUGACAGAGGACGGUGCUGUCCUUGAGUCCGGUGGCGAACUGGAAAACGACGAACGUGUCGCGACAAUCAUAACUGAUCUCAUCACCUUAUCUAACAAGGUCGAUCCUCUGGCUUUUGCUCCCAAUGAAUUAUUCAAGAAGAUUACUAUAACUUAUGAUGAUCACUGGUUUGUUAUAUGCCUUUCUAACAAGAAGAUUUAUGUGGUGAAGAGGAUAAUUCAGCAAGGCGACGGAAACACUAUUAACGUUUGAAAGUUAUCUAAAUAUCACCACUAUGGG